AAACAAAAACAAGCGGAGAGAGCUCCGUCACAUGUAGCGCGUCCAGCGGCAGAAGGAGCAGCGAGACGAAGGAAGCGGCCGUCAGCCUCAACGCUCUCGGUGUCCAGGAAGCAGCGACCCCGCCGGGCUCUACCGCUCUUCCAGUCGCCGCUCAGUGCGCUCCACAUAUGGUUCUCCUCCGGCACAUCUCCAUCGCCCUGACCGCCGCCGUGGCUGCCCUGGGCUCCGCUCUCUUCAUCGCCUUGAACUUCUUCUACAAGAGGCGGAUAUGGUCACCACAAGCGGAAUACUGCACGAUCAAAGAGGAGGAGGAGGAGCGUGGGAAGCGUCAGGUCCUGGUCCUCGGUCUGGACGGGGCUGGGAAGAGCAGCAUGUUGCAGGGUUUGACCCCCGGGGAGUCAGCGGCUAAGAGAGGCCGCUGCCGGCCCACCCGCGGCUUCAACUUUAUGAGCCUCAACGCCCCCACCUGUCAGCUCGACUUCCUGGAGAUCGGUGGCGGGGAGGACCUGCGGCCGUACUGGUCCGACUACCUGAGAAGGACUCACGUUCUGGUGUAUGUGGUGGACUCCUCUGACAGGAGCCGCCUCCCACUGGCUAAGGCUGAACUGCACCGCCUGCUGAGGGUGGAGCCCCAGCUGCCCGUGGUCGUUCUGGGAAACAAGCAGGAUAAGCCCAACGCUGUGAGCGUGUCUGAGCUGCAUGAAGCCUUGUCUCUGGGCUCCGUGACCGAGGACAGGAAGCUGUUCCUCUUGGCUGCCCAGCUGGGCUCUGAUGGAGCCCCGAGGAACUCCCGCCGGGGCCUGGACACCUUCCAGGACCUCCUGCUCCAGCUCGUCUGAUCUCGUCCCCCCUCACAGAGCAGAAGAGAAGGAGAUGGAGGGACGAAAACAAAGGGAUGGCUUAAAGCAAUCUUCCUCCUCCUCUUCCUCCCCCUUGUUUAAGCUCUGGCUUAUUUGAGGCAGAGGAGGAGGAGGAGAUGACGAAGACUGCAGGAACCGAGGCAGAGACAUUACUGAAGAAGAGGAGAUUGAGAAGAUGCCAAGUUGUUUUCAAACUACGUCGGUUGAUUUUAGAAAAAGCGGCUUUCGAAGGCUCCUUCAGCUCGUCUCUUCUUCCACUUUUCGACUCGUCUCUUCUUACUCACCGGAGAAGAGGAGGUGCAUAGCGAGGAGGACGAGGACAGAAGGUGGGACAGAAGGAUGAAGGAUUGUUCACGAAGCCUCUGACUCAGAACCGCAAAGUUCACCUCCUGCCAAUGAUUCAGACUUUGUAUAUAAACUGAAAUAUGUCAAGUUUGUAGAUGCAUAUACAGAUUUUGUCUGGCUUGCUGUUUGCUGAGAAUGUGUGAUCAGAGACGUCAGCAGAGCAGAACGGGCUACAUUCAGGGUUGCCAGGUUGGAGCCCCCCUGUGGACUAAAACUCCACCGGCUCUGAAACCGACUGGGUGUUCGGAAGAUCCUCGCUGACUCCUACACUGAGGCUUUCUGAGAUCGAGGGGGAUUUUAUGAGGGAAUUUAAAAGGACCCGUGAGAUUGUGAAAAGCAGUGUGUUAUUUUUCUUCUCACGAGUCUUGUGAGAGAAUGUCUCUGUAAUUAAUAUCAUAAAGAGUCCGGUCUAGACCUGCUCUAUAGUAAAAGUGCAAUGAGAUAACUUCUGUUAUGAAUUGGCGCUGUAUAAAUAAAAGUUGAAUUUCCACACUUUUACAUUUUUUUCAUCACAAGAGCUUGAGAGCAUUUUCAUUUCAAACCAGUUCCUCUUUGGUCACGUGUUUAGUCCCAACAACACAACACAAAUUACAGCCAGCUACCACAGAUAACACAUACAGCUUCAGCCAGAGUAUUUUGUAAAGAAAGGAUCUGAUCUCAUUACUCCAUCUGUGUUCAUCGAAGGGUUUGAACACAAUGCUUUCAGUCCAGUUUGGAUUUCACCCCCUUUUAAGCACAUCCAUCCCAAUCCUGCUUGUUCCACAGAUCACUGUGUAGAAGACACUUAAACAAGAACUAGGAUCCAGUUAAACACUUCCUUGAAAGUAUAAAUGCAGAUGUGAAAUAUUUGACUUUAAUGCUACUUGUACAGAUAAACUGGAAUUAGCUAGAUUCUGAUUUUUAAUGCCGUGUGUGUGCAGCAAGGUUCGCUUAUGACACACUAUUUUUUAAUGAAUGUGAAGUUUUAUUCCUUUCGCUGUACUGUAUUUCUGCAGAAACGUUUUCACAGUAGCCGAGAGUUUAGUGGAUUAUUGUAUGUACGCUGUUUUUAUAACCAAUGACCGCUUGUCACUCUUGUUUUACGUGUAAAUGAAAUUUUAUUCAUGCAUGUCUUUAUGUUUUGUCGUUCUCUUUUAAACGUGUCAGCUGCAAUUUCUUAAACAGCAAGUGUCCAUUGGGUUGUUUAGUCUUAAAGGGGAAUUCCACCUAUUUUACACAUCAAAGUCUGUUUAUAGAUGCUGCGGGGUUGUACUGCAUAUGUGAAAAAAGUUGCAUAAAGCCUUUUGUGUCUCCAGAGGGAGCCGUGUGAAGUCUGAUAAAUGUUCUCAUGUGAAUCACUUCUGAAGACUACAAGUCUGAAAGAGAAAAACAUCUGUUGCUGUGGCGUUAGCUCUGUAGCUCCUGAUCUCUGCCGCAGGCUAGCGGCUCGAGGCUACACUAGCCACUACUAGCAUCACACACCUCGGUCUCUAACCGAACUGUCGGUGGUCAAGUUGCAUUGUGGGUAAUGUAGGCACUGGGUUUUGACGAGGAAGAAGAACGCAUGGAAUAAAAAAGAUGAUAUAUCUGC